ACUCUGGAGCCAGGCGCCUACCCAGGGUUCAGCGCGAUGAGCGCCCCUGAGCAGCCCACCACGACUCCGCCACGCAACCCUGAGCUGGAGCAGAAGGCCAAAGCCAUGCGGGGCCGCAUGUUUGUCCUAAAUGAGCUAAUACAGACAGAGAAGGACUAUGUCAAAGACUUGGGUAUCGUGGUUGAGGGCUUCAUGAAGACAAUAGAGGAGAAGGGGAUCCCUGAAGAUAUGAAGGGGAAAGACAAGAUCGUCUUUGGGAACAUUCAUCAAAUCUAUGACUGGCACAGAGACUUCUUUGUGGGUGAACUGGAGAAAUGUCUGGAGGACAAUGAACACCUACCAGAGCUGUUUAUCAAACACGAAAGGAGACUACAUAUGUAUGUUGUCUACUGUCAGAACAAACCCAAGUCGGAAUUCAUUGUUGCUGAAUAUGACACUUUCUUUGAGGCUAUACAGCAAGACAUCACCUCUAGACUCUCAAUCAGUGAUUUUCUGAUCAAGCCUAUCCAGAGAAUCACAAAAUAUCAACUGCUUCUCAAGGACUUCUUGAAGUACAGCACCAAGGCAGGACUGGACUGUGAACAUAUUGAGAAAGCUGUUGGCUUGAUGUCUCAAGUACCGAAGCUGUGCAAUGACAUGAUGAACUUGGGCAGGCUGCAAGGCUACGAGGGGAAGCUGACGAGCCAGGGCAAGCUCCUGCAGCAGGAGACGUUCUUCGUGACGGAGCAAGACUCGGGCGUCCUGUCGCGCAGCAAGGAGCGGAGGGUCUUCCUCUUUGAGCAGAUCGUCAUCUUCAGCGAGCUUCUCCGCAAAGGCUCGUCCACCCCUGGCUACCAGUUCAAGAAGAGCAUCAAGGUGUGCUACUUGGGACUGGAGGAGCAUGUUGACAAUGACCCCUGUAAGUUUGUGCUGACCAGUCGCGGGUCUUCGGAGCGCUUCACGCUCCAGGCUGCCAAUGUGGACAUCAAGCAGGUCUGGGUCCAGCACAUCACAGACCUCCUCGAUGCCCAGAGCAACUUUCUAUCAGCGCUCCAGUCCCCGAUCGAGUACCAGAAGGAGAAAGGUGGGUCUCACUCCCUGAACAGAAACUCGUCGGCCAACCGUCCAUCCCAGCAGCCCGGCCGACCCAACUCCACCACCUCGGUCGGGAUGGAGAAGCCCCCUCUCUCGGGAAGAACCUCCACCCCCAAUACGUCUACCUCCAACGGCAGCCCCUGCUUCGACCCCACUCGGCAGCACGGCGCCGUUAACGGCGUCUCCUCCACCAUGAUGGUCAUGCAGGACUACAGUGCACUGAAGGAGAACGAGAUCUGCGUGAGCCAGGGCGAGACGGUCCAGGUGAUGGCCACCAACCAGCAGAACAUGUACCUGGUGUUCCGGGCGGCCAACAGCCAGUCGCCCGCCGCCGAGGGCUGGCUGCCCGGCCACAUCCUGGGCCCCCUCAGUAAAACACUCCUAGACAGUGCUGAUGGGAAUAUCAAGAAGUCUCUGUCAUGGAAUACCCUGCGCACGAGAAAGCGGGCAGAGCAGGAUAGCAGUGCUGGCAAAAGUGAAGCCAAGCUUGAGAACGGACUUCCUCGGAAGCCCAAGGAGAUACUGAGCGCCAAGGUGGCGGUGGCAGUGAAAGAGGCAAACAGCUCAGAGGAGUCAGAUUGCGAUGACGAGCUAGACCCCAAAACUAGCAUGGAGCUACUGAACCCCAACUUUAUUCAAGAAGUUGCUCCAGAGUUCCUGAUCCCUCUGGCCGACGUGACGUGUGCGUUUGGGGAGACGGUGGUCUUGUGCUGCAAGGUCUGUGGGCGGCCCAAGCCAAAGAUCACUCUGAAGGGACCGGAUCAGAGUCUAAUAGUGAACAGCAGUCGAUUCACAAUAAACAUCAGGGACACGGGGGACAUUCUGCUGAAGAUCUGUAACCUGUUGCCCCAAGACACUGGGAUUUAUACCUGUGUGGCUGUCAACGACCACGGCACCGCCUCGUCCUCUGCCUCCAUUAAAGUCCAGGGUAUCCCAUCAGCCCCUGCUCGGCCAGUGGCCCAAGAGGCGAGCAGCUCUUCGGUGAUCGUCCACUGGCUUCCUCCAGCCAGCUCGGGAAACUGCGCCGUGUCCAGUUACACCGUGGAGUACCGUCAAGAGGACUCGCUGGUUUGGCUGCAGUCGGUAUCCACAUCGGAUGUGUGUGUGAAAAUUGAAGACCUGAUCCCCGGUGGGCACUACCAGUUUCGGGUUAGUGCCAGCAACCCGUGGGGAGUCAGUCCACCCAGUGAGCCCUCCAACAUGGUCACCCUUCCCAGUGGACCCUCUACAUAUGACGGAAUGGGGAUUCAGUGGAAAGAUCAUUUUGAGUCAGCUUUCACGGAAAUAUCUGAAAUCGGGAGGGGCCGAUUCUCUGUGGUGAAGAAGUGCCUCAACAAGGCCACCAAGAAGGAGGUGGCCGUGAAGUUUGUCAAUAAGAAGAUGCAGAAGAAGGAGCAGGUGGCCCACGAGGCGGACAUCCUCAAGCACGUCCAGCACCCACAGCUGGUGGCCCUCACUGACACCUACGAGACCGCGUCUGCUUAUGUUCUGGUCCUGGAGCUCUUGGAGGAUGGGAGGCUUUUUGACUACCUAGUGGCUCAUGAUGAACUGAUGGAGGAGAAGGUGGCGUAUUUUGUGAAGGACACCUUAGAGGCCUUGCAGCAUUUGCACACCUGUAGAGUUGCUCACCUUGACCUAAAGCCUGAGAAUCUCCUGGUGGAUCUCCAUGUGCCAGUUCCGUGUGUGAAGCUCAUUGAUUUCGGAGACGCCAUUCAAGUCUCCGGUCACCGCUACGUACAUCUCCUCCUUGGAAACCCGGAGUUCUCCGCCCCGGAGUUGAUCCAGGGCACGCCGGUGUCCCUCACCUCGGACGUGUGGAGCGUCGGCGUGCUGGCCUACGUCAUGCUGAGCGGAGUCUCCCCGUUCCUGGACGAGAGCCUGGAGGAGACCUGCGUGAACAUCUGCAAGCUGGACUUCUGCUUCCCGGAGGAGUACUUCUGCGGCGUCAGCCAGCCCGCCCGCGACUUCAUCACGUCCACGCUCCAGCAGGACCCGCGCAAGCGGCCCACGGCCGCGUUCUGCCUGCAGCACCCCUGGGUGGGCGCCCACAGCGGAGACUACUCCAAGACCCCGCUGGACACCGCCAGGCUGGCGUCCUUCAUAGACCGCCGCCGGCAACUGCACGACGUGCGCCCGGUCACCAACAUCAAGGGCCUGGUGACGAGCAGCAUGGGCCAUACCUUAUGAGAAUGCACACGCCUACGGAGGGGUCGUACUCCGUGGUCUCUGUGGCACUCAGAUGUGCUCUCCAUGUACUGAUUGUGUCCUCCAUACGGGAUCAUGGUAGUAAUCACAACAUGCUCUGAAACGUGACUUCUAUGGACCGAAAAACUCCAGUGCACUUAAAGAACCGCAUAGGUUCACAUAAGGCCACAGAAACAAACUUCAACUGAUCUGUUACCAUUUGGUUUAAAUUUCACUCAUCUAUUCCAAUUGCAGACAAAGACGAACAACAGAACAAAUGUACAAUAUCUGUGGAAUCUGUGGUCAAACUAUAAUAUGUGCAUCAGAAAGAAGUACUUAGCACUUUGGACUUUGAAUGAAAUAAAAUGUACAGUGCAUACAGUUUACCUGCUAUUUUCACAUUGGUCCAGUCCACUUGCGAUAACAAUACGAAUGUAACUAGUGUAACUGACUGGUUAGUGUAUAAUACUAUAUUACUGUUCUGACUGUACUAACUACACCAUGCCAGAGGGUCACUAUGGCCAAGCACCAUCUUUUCAUUUGACUGUUUCAAACGUGUAUCAACGCUACGACUCGGAACUGAACUAAAGACUACAUCUGUUGUUGUUGUAGUUAUUGUUCCUGUAUUCUUCAACAGUAUUUAAAUGAGCAGUUUUGGAUGCAAUGAUUCUGCUAUUUUUUAGCUUUGCCUUUGAAAGGAUUAUUGUUGCUGGUUAUACGUUUCUGUCUUCAAAACAAAUCAUAGUCUGGUGGGAACUGGUUACUUGUUCAGCUAUGUACAUCAUGACAACCUUUAUAGUUAUAUAUUUAAAUGUAUGCAUCUGGUUCAAAUACAAAAAGUUACUAAAUUUAAAGACCAUCAGAGCUCACCUGGUGUCCUUAGAUCAUUCCACAUUUCACUCGUUUGUGAAAAACAAUGCUGAUACACGACCCAGUGGAGUCCUUGUAAAAUCUGACUGGGAAAAGUCCAAGCCUUAAUACUAUUUAUUUGUUUUGUAACAGUUGUAGCUGUGCCUCUGAUGUGAAAAUAAUGUAUUUGCUUCAUUCUUUAUGCAGACAAGUUAUUAUAAUUUUUAAAAUAUCAUUUUUUUACACAUCUUCUGCUGCAAAUUCAUGUUUAUAUAGCUUAAUACUUUAGAGUUAUCUGAUCGAUUGGUAGAAUUAUUAUGACGUAUUUACAGAUAUGUUAGAAUGAUGACAUGAUCCGAUUGUAUUCUGAAAGUUAACAGAUAAUUCAAGCUUUAAGAUGUGAAGUGAAGCAUUUGUGUUUAUUCAUCCAUUGCUCCACAUUACACUCACAUUAAACAGGGACUGUUUACAUUAGGCUAAUAGUAAAUUGUGAUCAAAGACAAUUACUUGUCAUAGCAACAAGAUGAUAUUGUGCAUUAAGAAUGGUCAUUGUUUUUUUUUUCAUUUAAAUCUAACUAUUUAUUUGCUAGCUCAACACAAGAAUGUUUUGGAGUUGAGUGUAGAAUGAUACACAAUGAUCUUGACUGAUUACUAGAUUGUUUUCAUCCAUUCUGUAGAGUAGUAGCCUAGCUAUUGACUCAACAAUAAUAAAAUAGUGGUAGGCAACAGAACAUGUUGAAUUUAAACUACAAUGUCAAACAUACCAUCUACAGUAGAAUGGACAUUUAAAUACUUGUGUUCGUCAGGGUGGUGUUAUACCAGUAAUUGUGCUCUUACAUGGUUUAAAAUUCCAAUCUGUGGCACAAAAGAAGGUGGACAUCAAAUUUCUGCAUUGUUAAUUUCUGCAGGGAGAUGAUGAUGAUGAAGCUUUUCAAAAUGAUGAACUUGCAUAACUGUUUUGUUCAUGUUAUAGCCCUGUAUAUUUCUAGCCUAUAUCUCAUGUGUUAUUGCUAUGUACAUAGGACUGUGUAAAAUUUGCCAGAUGGAAAUAUCCUUUCUUAAAUCAUACAGGCUGUUUGUUUGUUACUGAAUGUUUAAUAAACAGUGCUUGUUUAUAAAAAUAAAGAUUCCACAAAUGUGAA